CAGCACACACCAUGCACGCAAAGAUAAAUAAAGUCCCCAAUUAUAACCUUCCAAAAGCUAAACUCCCUCUCCCCCACCAUCCCACUUUCAUUGUUAAGCUCCUUAUAUUUCAAGUAAACCUCCCAAAAAGACACACUUCCAUCCUUACAAAACUAAAGAGCAAGCAAACUUAGGAAAAAGGUUGUGAGGGUGUUUUCUCUUUUAGGAAUGAAAGUGCCAGUUUCUUCAACCCCUCAAACUUGCAACACCGCCACCGGAAAACCUCUUUCCACCACCAAUUCCGCCCCAAUCACCGCCUUCCAUUCUCCUAGUAAUAACCAUAACAAUAACAAUAACAACAACAACAACAAUAACAACUUGUGUUACGAGCCUACCUCAGUUCUUGACCUUCAGCGUAGCCCCAGCCCAGCAACGGCUGCCACCAAAACCGCAACACCUCCACCUUCGGACACGAAACACAACACUAAUCAUCCACCAACCACCGCCGUUGACCUGGACAAUUUGGAGGGUUGGGAUUCAAUCCUGUCUGAGCUGGGGCUUAAUGAUGAUUCCAACACUAAUAAUUCAAAACUAUUAUUGUCACAAAUUAGUCCUUGUGAAUCCCACCUUACUCAAGUCCUCCCGGAUUUCCCCUCAUCUCAGCCCUUUGAUCAUAGUCAACCUCCUAUAAACCUACCAUCCGAUUACGCCAAUUUCUGUGACUUCUCCUACAAUCAAAACCUCAACCCUAAUUUCGGACCAUUCGAUCAUCAACUUCAUCAUCAAACCAACACCAACAGCAACACCAAUUUCGGACUCGACUUCAUCGACGAUCUCAUACGAGCAGCUCAAGCCUUUGAAUCCAACGACUCUCAACAAGUCCACGUGAUAUUGGCACGGCUCAAUCAACGGCUGAGAUCACCUGUAGGAAAACCUCUUCAAAGAGCUGCCUUCUACUUCAAGGAAGCUCUGCAACACCUAACCAACACUUCAAACAACAACAACAACAACAACAACUCAUCAUCAGUAGGGUCCACACCACCUCGACCAGUGAAGCUAACCUCGUAUGAGGUGGUUCAGACCAUCCGGGCUCACAAGGCCUUUUCGGGAAUCUCACCAGUUUCUCUCUUCUCCACCUUCGCCGCCAACCAAGCCAUCCUCGAAGCGGUGGUUGAUGGAUCACCUUUCAUCCAUAUCAUCGAUUUCGACAUCGGUUUUGGUGGACACUGGGCGUCUUUCAUGCGAGAGCUCGUUGAUAAAGCUUCCGAUCAAGCGAAGCUAGCCACCUCCAUCGUCCUACGGAUCACUGCCAUCGUCCCUGAAGAAUUCGGUAUCGAAAGUAAACUUGUUAAAGAAAAUCUCUCACAAUUUGCUCGUGAUCUUAACCUUAACUUUCACAUAGAAUUUGUACUAAUCCCAACUUUCGAGAUCUUAUCAUUUAAAUCUGUUAAGUUCAUUGAUGGAGAAAAACUAGCCGUUCAUCUCUCACCAGGGGUGUUCAACCGUUUUUUGAAUAAUUCUCGGAGUGGAAUCUCCAAGUUUCUAGGAGACCUCCGAGGAAUCUCACCAAGCUGUGUGGUUGUGGUGGAUAAAGAGGUCGGUAUUGACACAGGAACGGCGUCGUUUGGGCCGAGCUUCCUCGCCGGGAUUGAGUUCUAUACAGGCAUGAUGGAGUCUAUUGAAGUGGCAUCCUCCGGCGGUUUUAACGGCAGCGGUGAUUGCCUUCGGAGGAUCGAGACUUUCGUAUUGCGGCCGAGGAUUUUCGCGGCGGUGGAGGCGGCGGCGAGGGUGGCGGCCGGGCGGCGGACCACCUGGCGCGAGGCGUUUGUUACGGCGGGGAUGAGGGCGGUUGGGUUUAGUCAGUUUGCUGAUUUUCAGGCGGAGUGUUUGUUGCGGAGGGCACAAGUUGGCGGCUUCCAGGUGGCAAAGCGUCAUGGGGAGAUGAUGCUAUUCUGGCAUGAUAGGCCCCUCGUUGCCACGUCAGCUUGGCGAUGUUAGUUGGUUGUGUCACGUAAGCCAUAUUUCACUAAUUAUGGAAGGUAUUAACAUUAAUUAGUGAUGUGCACUCUAGAGUGCGUUUCAUUUGUACGUUUGCAAAAUUUUAAUUGUCUAAAUUUAGGAGGAAGAAGAUAAAAGUAUCUCAAACUUUUAGUUUAAUUAAGAUAUAAAGAGUGAAAAUGUAUUUGUCCAUGAUGAAUUAUUGUAGGUGACAAUACUACUACAAUUUGUGAGAUGACGAAAAGAAGAGCGCAGAUUGGACAUGAUAUAAAUUUAGUUGUUCUAAGUUGUAAUUUUAAUGCUUUGAUUUUAUGUUGGGUGACUAAUUAUAGUGAAGGGGAGAGUAAGGAAAUGGCGGAUUAGUCGGUUUACAGUUACUAGUCCUUACCUUUUGGAAGUGGUUUCAUGGAGUAUAUUAGACCUUGGAAGUAGUUGUUCCUUUUACUUUGUUGAAGAAGAGCUUAAAACUCCUUUAGGUUAUUAGGCCUAUAACUUGCUCCAUAUUAUGUCGACUUAGACAUUUAUUCUAUACAAGUGGUAAAUUGGUAAUACUAAUUAUGGGGUGAUGUUGUUGUUCAAUUUCUCUGAAAUUCUAUGUUACUGACGAAUCAUUUGUAUAUCAUUAUUACUCUUAAUACUUCGUAUUUUACAAAUUAUGUAUCUGAAU